CCUUCGGAAGAAGCCCCGCCCCUCUUAAUUUAAGCCCCGCCCACAAAUCUGGAAGAUCCGCCCUUCCUCGAAGCCCCGCCCCUCUUGAAGCCCCGCCCGAACUCCCUCCACCCCAAGUCCAUCCCGGUCCUAAGGUCCACCCCCACGCCGGUACAGAAAACCUUCUGGCCAUGACUGGUUCCCAUCAAACCCUACUCCCGGCUAUAGCCUCCCACUAACCUCGACAAGGCCCCGCCCCGGCCGCUCUAGCCUCCGCUCCUCUCGCUGGUGGCAGCGCCAGGCGGCUCUGGUCUGGGCUGCAGGAGCUGGCCAAGGAAUCUGUGCCGACGACGGCUGUGGGCAGCUCGGGUAUUGGUGUUGUGGUCGCCGGCAGGUCUGCACCUUCGCUUCUCUGGACCGGGCGUCGAGGACGGUGCCUCCUUAUUGCUGAGACCCAAAGGCCUCCGAGAGGGCCUGUGCUCCACCUCCUGCGCCUGAUGCCCCAAACCUCGUUUCCCUGUUUUUUCCAGCCAAAUUAGUUCUUCCUCUUUACAGUUGAAGCUCCCCUUCCUGUCUCUGCAAAGUCACUACCGCCCGAGGUGCCAUGGUCCCCAAGCCUGGGGGUGAGUGGAGCACGGUCCUGUCCCAUCUUGCUCUUGGAGUGGUGUCUCUGCAUGCAGCGGUGAGCUCUAUGCAGUCAAGUCGAGGAGCUGCUGCUGGCUUCCUACUCCAAGCCUUGGCUGCUGCCACUACACUGGCCCCAGGGCUGGGCACACAUGAAGACUGUCUCGCUGGAGCUUGGGUGGCCACAGUCAUUGGCCUGCCCCUUCUGGCCUUCGAUUUUCACUGGUGUACUAAUGGUCACUUGAUGUGCGCUGGCUGUUUUAUCCACCUACUAGCAGAUGCCCGGCUGAAGGAGGAGCAGGCCACGUGCCCCAACUGUCGUUGUGAGAUCAGUAAGAGCCUCUGCUGCCGGAACCUGGCCGUGGAGAAAGCCGUGAGCGAGCUGCCCUCAGAGUGUGGCUUUUGCCUACGCCAGUUUCCCCGCUCCCUACUGGAGAGGCACCAGAAAGAGGAAUGCCAGGACAGGGUAACUCAGUGCAAAUACAAGCGCAUCGGCUGUCCAUGGCAUGGCCCCUUCCAUGAGCUGACAGUGCAUGAGGCUGCAUGUGCCCAUCCAACCAAGACAGGCAACGAGCUGAUGGAGAUAUUAGAUGAGAUGGACCAGAGCCACCGCAAGGAAAUGCAGCUCUACAACAGUAUCUUUAGCCUGCUCAGCUUUGAGAAAAUCGGCUAUACAGAAGUCCAGUUUCGGCCAUAUCGCACAGAUGACUUCAUCACACGCCUGUACUAUGAGACACCACGGUUCACAGUGCUGAACCAGACAUGGGUCCUGAAGGCUCGUGUGAAUGACUCAGAGCGGAACCCCAACCUGUCAUGCAAGCGCACACUUUCCUUCCAGCUCCUCCUCAAGAGCAAAGUCACAGCGCCUCUGGAAUGCUCCUUUCUGCUGCUCAAGGGCCCAUAUGAUGACGUGAGGAUCAGUCCUGUUAUCUACCACUUUGUCUUCACCAAUGAAAGCAAUGAAACAGACUAUGUGCCCCUGCCCAUCAUCGACUCUGUGGAGUGCAACAAGCUGCUGGCCGCCAAGAACAUCAACCUGCGGCUCUUUCUAUUCCAGAUACAGAAGUAGGAUGGGUCCAAGACUCCUGAGGAACAGAGGGCUAUGGCCUGGCACCACUCUCCUGUUCACCCCUGGCUUGGCAGUGGCUUCACACAACUAUCUGAUCAUUUUAGCAGAGGAGAAUGUGCAAAAUCAAACACUGGGAAUGUCUGCGUGUGUGAUGCAGUCCCCAUCUCCAGCUGUCUCCUUUACCCCUGCCACCCCCUCCCAGGGCAGCUGGAGGCUGGGCUGACUUCAGAGGAGACCGUGCCCUGGACUCAGGAUCAGGGUUAGCAGCAAGGAGGGUGAGAAGCUUGCAGCCCCUACCCAAUCCCAUCCUCACAGCUUGGUUGCACUUCAUGUCCUGGUUCCUGGCUGGGCUCAGGGGCCCUUGUUGACUUCAGAUGGCAUAUUUGAUUGUGAUUAAAAAGGCAGCCUUGUUUCCUACGUGCUGUUUUGUUGGAGGGGAAGGCACGCCUGUGAAUGGACGCCGCAGGAGCUUUGGUUUGGCCUGGGAGUCAGAGCCCACCCUGUCUCUGUUACUGCACCAUGCAUGCCCCCCACCAGGAGAAACUUGGAGACACUGCCUCCCCUACAGUCUGUCACAAGGUUCUUGGGACAGGCCUGGGCAGAGAGAGCCAGGAGGAGUUGAGGCUCCCCCAGCCACCCAACUGCGCUCCCAGGGAGGUAGGACUGUGACCAGGGCUCAGCAAAUGUUUUCGGAAUGCAGGGUGAAAUUCUUUCUCUUCCCAGGAAAAAAAUUAAACUUUACAGGCUCUUCUAUAAGUGAUAAUAGUUUUAGUGAGAGAGAGAAUCCAUUCACUACUCAGCCUGAGGGCACAGUAUCCUAAGGAUAUAAAGGAGCAGGCAUAGGCUAUGCCGGCUUGGUAGGGCAAGGUUUGCUGUCAGAGACUGACUGCUAGCCACAGUGUGGUUUCCUGACUGACAGAGGUGGGUUCACCCCAGCAUUGACUCAAAGUCGUCUGAUGUUCUGAGGGGUGGCUCUGACCAGGACCAGUAUCUGGGGCUCAGAGGGUGGGAAGCAGCCCUGUAUGGAGGAGCUGGGCUCUGGUCUGUUCUUCCCUGGAACUCUCAGAGGUACUAGGAAGUAUAGAACUUCAUUAGGAGAUGGGGCUCGUCUGAUAGUUUUCUGUUGCUUUAAUACCAAAGAGCUGGUUUCCUCUGUCCUGACAAAGCCUACCACAUGCCUCGGAGCAGCCACCUGGCCCCUGUGGGCUGCCUUGGCUCUCACUACUCUGCCCUGAGAUCCUGAGGGGCAGGUAAUCCUGGCUGAGUACAGAGCUAAGGCCACUGACCCCCACCACCACCCUAGGGCUCCUCCCUGACCUUGAAGGUCAGGGGGCUGAGAAAUGGUGGGAAGGGACUAUAGGAUAGGGUGCGAGCUUCAGCCAGGAUAGGGUGCGAGCUUCAGCCAUAUACCUGAGUAUGGCUGUUGUGGGCUAGUGUGUCUCCCUAAGUAAGUUCUGCCCUCCUCACAGGCAAAAGCCUCUCAAAGCUAUUUCUGAGAAUCUUGUUUGGGUUCCUGUUCUCAGCUCAGGGUAUGGGCCUGCUGGGAAUGUUCCUUGGGGAGCCUUCUCUUUUGUAAAGCUGAUGGACCAGGGGAUGGUUGGGAAGGCCAUGGUUGCUCUUUGCAAAGUCCCAGCCUAGGCCCCAGUAAUUCAUGGGUCCUGUGGCCUCUCAAGUUCAGCCAGGUAACACCCCAUGUGUGCCUGGCAGUACACAGAGGCCCUCUGCGGAGUCCCAUCAAUUCCAAGGCAUGGCUGGCUUGGCUUAUCCACCUGUAUUUGGGUGUGAAUGACUGAGGAGAGGGCAGCCCUGUGAACUCCUAGUACAGGUCAGGGUGAAAGGCUUGUUCCUCAUAGGCAUAGCUGAGAUUGGGGGCGGGCAACUGGGCUAGCAAGGGCUGCAGGAACUAGGAGGCCACGAAGGGGACAGAGGCCUAGCUGGCAGUCCUGCAGCCUCAGUACCCAAAUGCCAGCCCAGUGUGUAGGGCUGGGGAUAGAAGGAGCCUUCCCAAGACAUGGCUGAGGAUGAGGCACUCCUAGAGGUGUGUGUCUUGAGGGUUAGGCAUCCCAAUGCCGUCCCCAGCAUGGCCCUGCCCUGUGACUGUCCCAGUAGCUGAGUCAGCCUUAGGGAAACCAGGUGACUGAGAAGACUCGUGUUCCCCAGCUAUGCUGGUGCCACAAACCUUGUGGCAUUGUCACUGUGGGCCCUUUAUUGCUGGGAGUGCUACAUCUACUGGUUUGUCUACAGAAUCUUCUGUCACCUUGCUGUCCUGACUGGUUCUUUAUCUGUUAUCUCUGCAGAUGGGAGGCCCAGCCUUAGCAGAUGAAGGGGAGGCCUGGGGGUUGCAGGCUAAGCAAUGCCUUCCCCUCCUCCCCCACAGGUCUUACCCCUACUCCCUGUGAGCACCAUAUUCCUGUUUGCCCAAAGUGAGACAUUUACAAAAAUAAAAAUAAUUUUUUAAAAAGCAGAGCAAGAAGUGUUUUUAUGGCUAUUGGAAAUGACUGUCAUGUCACUUUUGUGGUCUGCGUUUUCUCUGGAUAUUUUCUGUAUGUAACUGUAGUUUAAAAAAAAAAAAAUUCC